GGGAGGCAGCCAUUUCUGCGUGGGGCUCUGUUUACCCUAAAAAAAUGGGUGCAGUGGUCGCGAGUGGGAAGGCGCAGGAAUCUAGAAUCUUGGUCUGCCACUUGUUCCCUAUAAGUCACCCCACCCCUCCUCUCAUCUGAAAAGUCGGUUGUGGGGAAUGCUUGUCCUGAAGGUCACUGAGCCCGGGUUGGGAUUGGAGCGGAGGUCCCUGAGGUGGACAGUUUGGGAGCUGGUGGUCUCAGGAUACGGAAUUGGCUCUUCCCACGAAGACCCGGGCGCCAAUGAGUAUUGAUCCGCUCCCAUCACCGCCCCUACUUACUCGCUAGUUGCUUAGCAACCAGGGAACGUCGUGAAGCUAGCGUGCGCGCCCCCGCGGGCUGCUAAGUACAGCUCCCAGCCCUCACCCCUCCAGGACCCGUCGUCGUCUUACGGGUCCUCUCUCCAUCGGUCCUUCUAACCCCGUCCCUGCCAGGGGCCCCGCGUCCUGCCCUCGUUCCUCCUCAGCGACCACCAACUUGGCAACAGUUGCUAAGGCCGAGUAAAGGCGCCGUCCUACCUCUAACGUGCGCGAGUCUUACGUCACUUCCGCCACCGGCGACUCUUCCCCUCCCCCAACCCUGUACCCCACCUUGUCAGAGGAUUAGAGCGACCCGCAGAGGUCCUUGCAGGUCCUUGCUCCUGCGGCCACUCUGGGAGAGGGACGCUGGGUCUUGGGGAGCGCGGUCCAUCCUCUGGUCGUGGAGGGGGAGUUCGCCUACGCCCCCAGGGAAGCUCCAGAGCUUGGGAGGGACCCCCGUGUUGCCAGGUGUUGGCAACCACAGGUCAUUUAGGGGUAGAUCGCUUAACACGGAGUUGGGGGGCGAGAUCCCGGGAGACGUUAGGGAGGUGGCUGGGUGGAGGGGGCAGCCUGGCCUGCCUCGGCCGUCACUUCGCUUAGGUGGGACGGGGGCAAGCGACCUAACUAUUCUCAUCUGGGACAUGCUACUGCAGGUUCCCACCCCUGGGGCGCUUGGGGACUAGAAGUGCUGUCCUGACGCUCACCUGCUUAUUUUCACCAGGUGCACGCCUGCUCCCUUGGGGAACGGGGGCUGCCAUGGCUCCCAGCCACCUGUCGGUGCGGGAGAUGAGGGAGGAUGAGAAACCCCUGGUGCUGGAGAUGCUGAAGGCUGCUGUGAAGGACACGGAGAACCGAGUGGCCCUCCACGCCUUGACACGGCCACCUGCCCUGCUUCUUCUGGCGGCCGCCAGCAGUGGCCUGCGCUUUGUGCUGGCCUCCUUUGCCCUGGCCCUCUUCCUGCCUGUGUUCCUGGCUGUGGUGGCCAUGAAGCUGGGCCUACGGGCCCGGUGGGGUUCCUUGCCUCCGCCGGGUGGCCUGGGGGGGCCCUGGGUAGCAGUGCGUGGCUCUGGUGAUGUGUGCGGGGUCCUGGCCCUAGCCCCUGGCUCUAACUCUGGGGCCCGGGUCACUCGCCUCUCUGUCGCCCGUUGGCACCGCCGCAGAGGCGUGGGCAGGCGGUUACUGGCCUUUGCAGAGUCCCGGGCACGCACCUGGGCAGGGAGCAUGGGGGAGCCCCGGGCCCGCCUUGUGGUCCCAGUGGCCGUGGCGGCUUGGGGCGUGGCAGGGAUCCUGGAGGGCUGCGGCUACCAGGCUGAGGGGAGCUGGGGUUGCAUGGGCUACACGUUGGUAAGGGAGUUCAGCAAGAACCUGUGACUCAUGUGUGAGCACCUACCCGGUGUGGGCACUUCCACAGCCCCCUGUGUGCACCCCAACCUGCCCAGGGUCCAGACUGAGGCCUGAGGCUGUCUUCAGUGUCUGAGCUUCUCAGUGGUCAACCCAUCCAGCCCCCUGCCUCAGAUUCUGUCUGCACUGAGAUCUCCAGUGUGUCUGCAAAGCCUACACUGUUUGUGCUAUCGGCCUGGGAAAGAUGCAGAGAGGAGGAGAGGAGGCUGAGCAAGUGUUCCCUCCAAGAGUUAGGACUUGGCAGGGGCACCCCAAACUAGGAUGAGGCCUCCCAUGAAGGGAGUGGGGUUUGAUGUCUAUGCUUGGAGGGGAUGGGUUUGGAGCCAGAGGGGAUGAGCAGAACCUCUGUAGGGGAGGGUGGUCUCAGAGAGAGCUCUGCGAGGAGGGGUUGAGACAGAGUGGUGGCUCUUCCCUGGGAGAAGGUGAGAGACGGGAAGGGCAGCCAGUCCCGUCUGGUUUUUACACCCGUUUGUUAAUAAAUCCUGGAACUGCUCUGGGUCCAGCUCUCUGUCUGAUGCCUUUCCCAGUCGUCUCUGAACCCCCCCUUCUGUCUGGCUCCUCCUUCCGGGAGUUGACAUUAAUUGUUGGUGGGGGUGUUGGCCUGGGAGACGAGGAGGGGAGGCGGUGAGCUCACAGCAGCCCUGCUCCUUGCCAGCCCUCUGACUCACGCUCCCCAUUACCCAAGUUUUCCGCCUCCCAGCUGCCUGGUGCAGAGUGUGAGAGUGUGUGUGUGCAGUCAUCUCCCCAUCCAGGCCUUGACCCUUGGUCUGCUCAUCUCCCUACCCUGGUUCCCUCCGGGGAGUCGGGGGUGCAUAGAAGCUCAGCUACUUCUCCCUCAGAUGGGUGGCUUUACAUCCAACUCCACUGGGGGAUGAGAGAGGGGUUUCUCAGUCUGCUUUUGCAGUUCAGGGAGUCCUUCCUGGUGUCUGGCUGGAGGCCCUCUUGCUGCUGAAUGGCGAUCCCUAGCCGUGCCAGGUUCCCAUGCCCGGCAACGCCUAUCUACCCUCCAAUCUGUCCACCCUGAUCCCACCACACUUCCCUGGCUAGACAGAGAGGACGCAGAUGCGUGGGCGCCUUGCCCCUGUCUGUCCCUUCUCCGCAGCCUAAGCAUCUCUACACGCCCGGCUCUGUGUGGGUGUUUGCAGUUGGACACCCUCCUUCCCUCCUGCUACCCCCCUCCUCCCUAGGCCUCAGCCUCUGGCCAGCCCCCUCCCCGCCCCCCCUCCCCUGCUGCCUCCUCAGCAGCCUCUCUUGCUCCUGGCAAAGAGUCCAGCUCCUGCCUGCUCCUCCCAGGUCCAGAGCGCCUCUGUAGGCGCUUCCAUCCCCUCCUUCCCUCCCUCCCUCCGGUGGCUGUGGUCUCCUCCAUUCUCCUGUUCUGGUCCCCUCUUGCUCCAUCCCUGCUCCAGACUCUGCAAACAUGAGGGUCUUGGCCUGCCUCCUAGGUGAGUGACCCGUUCUCCUUGGGGACUCAGGGACUUGGGCCCCACCCUCGGACCCUGAGCUCAUCCACUUGAGGGACUCAGACUUCCAGGACCUGGUCCUGGUGCUUGGGGACAUAGGAUAUCUGCCCUCCUUGCCUGACUCCCAGCGACCCAGUCUUCUGCAUACCCAGUCCUACCCUCUGAGGAGCCCCAGGGAUCUGCCCCCCUCCACCAUCCCAGACCCUCUGGGGGGUCACCCACCAUUUGACCCGAGGCCUGGUCCUCAGCCCUGACCUGUGGCAUCCAGGGCCCUGCCCUUCUCUGCCAAGUCCUGCUUUAUUUCCGGUGGGGGGGUGGGGUUCUGGUUCAGAGGUGUGAGCAUUUGUGUGUAUGUGUGUGUGUGUG